UUCUCUUGAAUUUACAUGAAUUAUCAGCAAACAGCAGCAGGGCUUGAUGUGUUUUAUUUUCUCUGUUUAGUCAUUGCCGGUGUUUUAUAUGUAUGCUUCACAAAGACUGUGUGCAGAGAAAAAAAAACAGGGCUUUCAAGCAGCCAAGCAGCAAUUAAAGAGAAAGGGACAGAAGCCACUUCACUGCAUACAAGGCAUAGUGGCGGGGUGGCAGUUGGCCCUCAGACCCACCUCCCAGGUGUGGUUCACCCUCAGCAGCAGUACUACCCGUCACAGCCCCUUUACAUCCAGGAUAUACCCCUGCAGGAGGUGCCCAACGGACGCGACGUGUGCCCUACAGAUCCGGAGUGUGGCGAUGUCCCCUUGCUGACUCCAGGAAGUAAAGAGAUGAUGUCCCAGGCUCUGAAGGCCACCUUCAGUGGCUUCACGAAGGAACAGCAGCGGCUGGGUAUACCCAAAGAUCCCAGACAGUGGACAGACAACCACGUGGCUGAGUGGCUAACGUGGACAGUGAACGAGUUCAGUCUGAAGAACGUCGACUUUGACAAAUUCUGCAUGAACGGAGCCACCCUGUGUGCGAUGGGGAAGGAGCGCUUCCUGGACUUAGCACCUGACUUUGUGGGUGACAUCCUUUGGGAACAUUUAGAAAUGCUUCAGAAAGAGGAUGCAAAGCAUUACCCCAUCAAUGGACUGACCUCCAACUUCCAGGAAUCCCGUUAUACCUCAGACUACUUUGUCAGCUACGGUGUUGAGCAUGCUCAAUGUGUCCCUCCUUCUGAAUACUCAGAGCCCGGCUUCAUCACAGAGUCCUACCAGACACUUCAUCCCAUCAGCUCGGAGGAAUUGCUGACGCUCAAGUACGAGAGUGAAUACCCCGCUGUCAUCCUGCGGGACACGCCCCUCAACCCGCUGCAGGGGGACUACUUCACCGUCAAGCAGGAGGUGGUUUCCCCUGACAACAUGUGUGUUGGACGCCUAAGCAGAGGUAAGCUCGGUGGCCAGGACUCCUUUGAGAGCAUCGAGAGCUUCGAGAGCUGCGACCGACUGACCCAGUCAUGGAGCAGCCAGUCCUCGUUCAGCAGCCUGCAGCGGGUACCUUCGUACGACAGCUUCGACUCGGAAGACUACCCCACCGCCCUGCAUAGCCACAAGCCCAAGGGCACUUUCAAAGACUAUGUGAGGGAGCGCUCAGACCUCAGUAAGGAUAAACCCGUCAUCCCAGCGGCGGCGCUGGCAGGAUACACAGGCAGCGGCCCCAUCCAGCUGUGGCAGUUUCUCCUGGAGCUGCUGACCGACAAGUCUUGCCAGUCCUUCAUCAGCUGGACAGGCGACGGCUGGGAGUUCAAGCUUUCUGACCCAGAUGAGGUUGCUCGGAGAUGGGGCAAGAGGAAAAACAAGCCCAAGAUGAACUAUGAGAAGCUGAGCCGUGGCCUACGCUACUACUAUGACAAGAACAUCAUCCACAAGACGUCGGGGAAACGCUACGUCUACCGCUUUGUCUGUGACUUAAAAAGCCUGCUGGGCUACACUCCCGAGGAGCUCCAUGCAAUGUUGGACGUAAAGCCCGAUACGGACGAGUGAAAGCAGAGACGGAACAAGAAGUGAAGAAAAAAAAGUUGAGGAGACACGUGGACUGGGGCUCAUAAAGUGGUCUUAACUGUUUUGAUAGAGUUGUUUUUUUGGGGACCAAAAAUGUUUUUAAUGACUAACUGUGGUCUUUGUCAACUUCAAGCUCCUGUCUCUCAGACCAUGUUUUAAAAAAGAAGGCACAAGCCAAAAGCCUGUAUUCAUACCCUGUCGCAUCUGAGAUGUGUGUGCGCGCAUGUGUGUGUGAGCGUGCGUAUGUGUGAUUAUGUAUCGGUAUUAUUUAGCAGCUCGAGGCAGAUGGAGCGCCAUCGGGUAGAGUUCAGGUCUGCCUAAGUAGCACAGUGGGGAGACGAGAGGACCAAGACAGAACGUCUGAGAGAACCGAGAGAGAGAGAAAAUAAUUGAUUCAUUUCAUUGUCGGGGGAGAGCAGGCGGAAGGUUCCCGCUAAGAAAAAGGGGUUGCCAAAAUGUAAAAACCAAACUGCGGGAAGGUAUAUUGUCAUAUUUACAUACGUGCUCACUGUUUCUCUGUGGCAAAGAGAGAAUUUUCAGCUCGGACCAAAAAGUGUCGUUUCUAAUUUGUUGUUUGAGGAGCGUAUGCUUGUGCCAGUAUUAUAUUAUUGAUGUUGAGAACAGCCAAUGUAAACCUGCCAGGCAUAUAUUGGAAAGAGUAUUUUUCUUAUGUUGUCAAUGAAGGUAUUACAGUGGAACCAAACAUUAGAUGUUCUCUAGGAGCCUUUAACUGAAAUGUGCUGAUUGGUUAUCAGACAACACUAUAGACACUGGCCACAAGGUUCGAGGACCUGGUGAGAUUACUCAUCCCAAGAGUGUCUGAUAGACAGACAACUGAAAGUAGCCGUUGCUUUUGAAACUGACGCUUUCACCUUUACGUACAUGUUUGCCACCGUGUUAGAGACACAUAUUGUGACUGAAACUUAUGCAUUUUUUGCAUAUACCACCAGUAUUAGCAAACUGUAGACAAUCUAUGUGGGGGAAUUCAGGAGUCUUUGGUGAGAAGAGUUGUUUAAUGUGCAGAUUAGAUGCAUAAUUUGUCGGUUCACUGUCCAUGUUAGUGUUGCUUUAGAAGUGUUUGAAUAGUCUUCUGUCUGUCUAUACGAUAAAAUCACAAGUGAAAUAGUUGAGGGAGUGAUUUUACAAAAUCCUAAGAAUGUCAGAUUUUUUUUUCUUUUCUUAUGCAGUACAUUUUGGCCUCAAGGACGCGGCUGCAGUAUAGUGUGAAGGUACAGUGUAGGAAAAAGGGACAGGCAAUAGAAAAACGUUGACUAGAGAGAAUCGGAAGUCUUGUGGGAUAGAUGGAGGUGACUGAAAAGAAUGCUGCAGGUGAUAAUCACUUGUAAGGUCUGAUAGAGAAAGACUGACAGAAACGAUGCAAGUUGGCGCUGCUUGGAGGUUUCCAUUGUGUGGCUUGUGCACUUGAUUUUCCACUGCCAUCGUGGUUGAAUGCAACUGAAACCUCACUGAAAAUAGAGGCAUUUAGGACUAGAGGCAGACAUUUGUAUUUAAUUUUGAGGUUUGUGCGUUACUCAUCUAUGAGCAAAAUAAUAUUCAGCUCAUAGUAACUCAUGUAUGAUUCCACUCAUACUUGUGCAGCUCGCUCAGAAUAAAGAUUCACUGGUUACAUUAGAGCAAAUUGGCAGCAGUUUCCUCCCAACAGUGGGAACAGUGGCUGCACACUGGCCUUAUGGGAAAUGCCAAAGUGGAAUAUCAUCUUAGAAUACAAUGUUAUUGUUUACAGUGGCUGAAUGUUACCCAUAUGGAUGAAAAUAGCUUUUGAGAUGUCUAUUUGUACAGAUUGUAUUUCAUAAUGCUUUAUUGAGACCCAGAUUACACAAAUAAGCAAGAGACAAAGCAGGAAUAAUAACCAAAACCCAUGUGAGGUCUUUGGCCGCGGUGCUUCGGGUAUCGUCCACAAUGUCGGAAAGACAGGGACCAGAAUUCUCUCACAUUUUUGGAAAGUGUUGACUUUUCUUUGGUCUUUUUUGUUAAUUUGUUGGAAAGCACACAAGCUGUAGGACAAAGAAAAACGCCUUCGCUGAUCUGAGUGUAGAAAAAAAGAGAUGCUGGAUAUGUUCAUAAUGUUUAAUUGGUAACAAGCUUGUCCGCCGUCAUCUGACACAAAGAAUUCAACAAAUUAAUUAGUAAUAAGCUGCACUGUACUUUCAUUCCUCUCUGCAUGUUGAUGUCAAGGUUUCAAAAACACUGUUGGUUUCGUUCAGGUUCUUUUUCUGAUGUCAGUGUUUUAUGUUAGAGAGAUUUUUAAACAUUAUUGUAACGGUUGUCAGUGCCCUGGAAGAAGUGAUCUUUUUCCCCCCACACAAUGUCAUAAUAUCAGUAUGGUUGGCUUCAUAAGAUUAAUGUGCUAAAAGAAAACGUUCUGUUACCCAAAAAUAUUUUGUCAGGAUAUAAACUAUUGUUAAAUGUCACAGAUUACAAUCUACUGCAGGUCUUAUGUAUUAAUGAACCUAGUCGGGCAGGUGUAUACACACACACACUCCAGUAGUUUUGUGGCAUAUGCAUAUCUCAGAAUGGAUUCAGAAGGAAAACCUUUUUUUGUUUUGGAUGUUGUUGUUUUUUUUGUAUAUUUUAUAGUGUCUCUGUAUUUUUGUUAUGAGAUCAUUUUUAUUGUAUUUAGUUCACAAACAUUUGAAUAUUUUUCAAUAAUUUAUAUUUUAUAAAAGACAAGAGAUGCAGACAGCUGGUGCUUUCAUGGGAAUAUAAAGGUAGCGCAGGACAAAAUAAUGUAGCGAUUUGUUUUGUUUUUGUUUGUUUUUUUAUUCUUUUUUUAUAUAGAAAAUAGACCUGUCUGCUAGAGAAAAAAGGCUGAUGCUGGCCCAUCAAUGAUUUCUGCUGGAAAGGUUUUAUAAACUGUAGCUUCUAUUUCUAAUAUGUACUUAAUGUACUUCAAAAUGUUAUAAAAUAUAUGUGAACAAAGA